CGCGAGAGUCGGAUACCGGAAGGGUUUGGACGUGUCAUGUGAUAUGCUCUUUCUGGUGUUUGAGUAGCUAUGUCAACAUAAUUCCAUUUUUUAAAAGACUGGUUUUGAAGAGCGUCACAUUUUGUCCUAAAGGACCUUUACAAGAUGCAGAACGUUAUAAACACGGUGAAGGGGACGGCUCUGGGUGUAGCUGAGUUUCUCACUCCAGUGUUGAAGGAAUCGAAAUUCAAAGAGACUGGAGUCAUUACACCGGAAGAGUUUGUGGCAGCGGGAGAUCAUUUGGUUCACCAUUGCCCCACAUGGAAAUGGGCUACUGGGGAAGAAGUCAAGGUAAAGCCAUAUUUGCCGCAGGAUAAACAGUUUCUCCUGACACGCAAUGUUCCUUGUUACAAGCGUUGUAAACAGAUGGAGUAUUCAGAUGAGCUGGAAAUGAUCAUUGAAGAGGAUGAUGGAGACGGGGGCUGGGUGGACACGUACCACAACUCAGGCGUGUUAGGAGUCACAGAUGCUGUACGAGACAUUUCCCUGGACAAUAAUAAGGACAACAAUAUGAAUGCCAAGUCUGCAGCAUGUGGUGAUGAUGAAGAUGACGAAGAAGAGGGAGAAGCAGCCGAUAUGGAAGAGUACGAGGAGAGCGGCCUGUUGGAGACGGAUGAGGCCACCUUGGACACCAGUAAAAUGGUUGAAGCCAAAGCAGAGCCGGGGAGUGAAGACGCCAUCCUUCAGACGAGAACAUACGACCUGUACAUCACAUACGAUAAAUACUACCAGACCCCUCGACUCUGGCUCUUUGGAUAUGAUGAAGAUAGACAACCUCUGUCUGUAGAACAGAUGUACGAGGACAUAAGCCAGGACCACGUGAAGAAGACGGUCACCAUUGAGAACCACCCCAACCUUCCCCCCCCUGCCAUGUGCUCAGUCCACCCCUGCAGACAUGCUGAAGUGAUGAAGAAGAUCAUCGAGACGGUGGCAGAAGGAGGAGGAGAGCUGGGAGUGCAUAUGUAUCUGCUCAUUUUUCUCAAGUUUGUCCAGGCUGUCAUUCCCACAAUAGAAUACGACUACACAAGACACUUCACCAUGUAGCUUCAUAAGUGUGCUUCUGCUAAUGCGUCAUUGGAAAGACGGGCUCUUCGGCCUAUAUGUCCAGAGGAUAUCUGGUUUUUGGAGUGUUUAAGAACGUUGGAGGUGUGUGACAAAGCUGUGUGUUAAAGGAACAAUCAUAAAAUAUGGGUUUGUCUGCGUGGAUACAUGUGUGCUGUCUGACUGAUACUCUAUGGCAGGAUAAGUCAGAGCUGUCUUAUUUUCAUGUUUGUAUUGUUUUAUUUCACCACUUGAAAAUAUAUAAAUGUAAAAUAAACAUACUUUGAACUAUUUAUAAUUAGCUUGGAAGCUAACCACAUGUAUUUUGGUUUUCACAACGUUGGCUCAUAGUCUUACUUCUGGUCUUUGUGCUAAGCUAGGCUAACCACACCUCUGAACUGGACAACACUGAUUUGUAUGUGACUCUGGGAAAGACUGCAGACGAGGCUUGUUCCUAAAAUGUCGGGCUCUAUGUCUGAGGCUUCUCUACAGGUUUACUGUUGCGACCACAAAGUAGGGAAAUCUCAAGUUCUUGAAACUCACCCCAUUCCACACUGCUUGAAAUAUAAGAGUCCAUAUCAAGAAAAUAAUACACAUUGGUAUUUCAAAUGUUAGCUUCAUGACUCAUAAAUUAGAAUAAUAAUAGAUUUCCUGCAGCCAAACACGUUCUUUCAGUGAAAACAGCUCUCUGCUGCUGCUGGAAAGUGAUGGGUGAGAAGGGUGGCACUGAACCAAAACAGUAAAGAUAGGGGCCAUACAAACCAAAUCAAUGAGCCCUACAUUAAGGCCCUUCACUGCCUUUAGUCAUCUGUUUAUGAACAUCUGUUUCUUGAACAACUACACAUAAUAUAUUCAGAGAAAAUACAUCAAAUAUGUGCACAGCUAUUGCUAUGAAAAGUAUGUUUUCUUGCUUACUUCCUUUUUUGAAUGUCGAAUAAUUCAAAUAAUAAUAAUGAACAAUUCUGCUACUAUUAUUGCUUCCAUUCUGGUGCACUUUGUAGAAGGCAUGGCUGAACUCUGUAUUUGUAAAUGGGCUUUUUAUGCCGGUUUGUCUUAAUACUUCAUUCUCUGAAUGUGUAGAUGGCCAGACCUUUUGAAUCAUACAUGGUUCUUGUGGGAAGCUCCUAUGUUUUGUUGUGUCUAACUUCAACUUUGGACAAUAUCCCUCCUGUGUAGCUUGUGUCAGAAGCAGAGAUAUUUUUCAAAUAAGAGCUGUGUGAAGGCUGGCUCUAUUGUGCAGCAUUUUCCCCUAACAAAUGAAUUAUUUUAUUGUCAUAAGCCUCUCUAUGUACUUCAAUAAAUCCUUCAAUUGAUA